CUCCAUCUUCCUACUCCAAACGCAGAGGAGAAGGUGACUGCCUGAGGGCCCCAAGAACUGGCCGGGAUCAGAUUGUGCCAGAUUAUCAAAGAAAUGAAGAGUUCUGAGAAAAUUUUAGUUACUGUUCUUCCCCUAGGAGAAUGAGAAUAUGUUGAGCCUUUGAAUUGCUUUGAGGAAAUAGAGUAUACAUUCCACUGAAGAAAUCUACACUACCCCCCCCAGACGAAAAAUGAAUACGACGGCAUUUUCCUAUGUUGAUAACCAUUCCGUCGACUAUAAUUUUUCAGAGAAGAAUUCCCAGUUUCUGCCCUUUGAGCAUGACGAGUGUCAUGUGCCCUUGACUAUGGUCUUUACGUUGGCCCUGGCUUAUGGAGCCGUCAUCAUCCUGGGGAUCUCCGGGAAUCUGGCCUUGAUCAUCAUCAUCUUAAAGCAGAAGGAGAUGAGGAACGUCACCAAUAUCCUCAUCGUGAAUCUCUCCUUCUCGGACCUUCUGGUGACAAUUAUGUGUCUCCCCUUUACUUUUGUUUACACUCUGAUGGACCACUGGGUCUUCGGUGAGCCAAUGUGCAAACUGAAUCCUUUCGUGCAGUGCGUCUCCGUCACCGUCUCCAUUUUCUCCCUGGUUCUCAUCGCCAUCGAACGCCAUCAGCUGAUCAUCAAUCCCCGCGGCUGGAGGCCCAAUAACAGACACGCGUUUGUGGGGAUCGCGGUCAUCUGGGUCCUCGCGGUGGCGUCUUCUCUGCCUUUCGUGAUCUACCAGGUACUGUCCAACGAGCCGUUCCAAAACGUGACGCUUGACGCGUUCAAGGACAAGUACGUGUGCUUUGAUCAGUUUCCUUCAGACUCUCACAGACUCUCUUAUACCACCGUUCUCUCGGUGCUCCAGUACUUUGGCCCACUCUGUUUUAUAUUCAUUUGCUACUUCAAGAUCUACAUCCGUUUGAAAAGGAGGAACAACAUGAUGGACAAGAUGAGAGACAAUAAGUACAGGUCUACUGAAACCAAAAGAAUCAAUAUCAUGCUCCUGUCCAUCGUGGUCGCCUUUGCCGUCUGCUGGCUGCCGCUCACCGUCUUCAACACCGUGUUCGACUGGAAUCACCAGAUCAUUGCCACCUGCAAUCAUAACCUGCUGUUCCUGCUUUGCCACCUCACGGCCAUGAUCUCCACCUGCGUCAACCCCAUCUUUUAUGGAUUCCUCAACAAGAACUUCCAGAGAGACUUACAGUUCUUCUUUAACUUUUGUGAUUUUCGGUCCCGGGAUGAUGACUAUGAAACCAUAGCCAUGUCCACCAUGCACACAGACGUUUCCAAGACGUCUUUAAAACAAGCAAGCCCAGUUGCGGUUAAAAAAAUCAACCCUGAUGAGGAUACCGAAAAAAUCUGAAGCUGCCAGCAGCCUAACUGGCCUAGCAGGCAGCUGUCUAAAGACAAGCACAACCCCAAAUGAUUCCCCGUUAUUUUCUUUUUCCAAGGAGAAUGGUAAUGCCCCCUUAGAAACGACAUGAAUGGUCUUGUGUUGCCUUUUCACUCCGUUAGUUGUCACAGUAAUUAAUUUGAAUGAAAAUCCCAGCUGCGUUCUGACCUUCUCCUGCAGAUGGUUUCUAUCAGAAGUCUGUGGUUCUCUUUUAUGUUAUGCACUUGGACACAAGUAACUUACACAUUGUAUUUAUUCAAAAGCGUUUUCUUCAGAACUGUCUCGACAAGUACUAACAAUCUGAUGCUUUUGUGAUUUUUCAGGACUCAGCCACUGGAUUGGUUAAUUCUGAUUGAAUUUGAGCAGUUUCAGCCUACUGUUGAGGACUUAGGAAAAUCACAUCCAGUGUGUGGAAAUCAUCGAGUUAGAAUGUCUUGCCAGUCAACAGAUUCAAUUAAGGAGUUACCUGAAUUUUCAUCAUUUAAAGAGAAAACCGAACUUGAUUUACAGUUUCAUCUGCUAUUGCAUGAAAAACAACCCAAAGCACUUCUCAACUGUGAAUAGCCCAAGAAAUCAGAACACAUACACUCACGCACUCACACGGACAUACACACACACACACACACACACAUAUUAAGUGAAAAAAGUGUCUAUGACUUAAAAUGAGUAUUUAAAAUCCAAAGCUUUUUAGAUAAAAUAAUAUAACUCAGUCUAAUGCA